AUGGCCAUCAAGAAUGUACUAUUUGUUCUAGUAACCAUUUGUGUUACAGUUUCUGUUAAUGCUCAGCUACCACAAUUCCCGUUUCCUUUCCCGUUUCCUCCGACCUUUGGCAUACCAGGACUACCCGACAUAACAAAAUGUUGGUCAGCCGCGAUGAAUAUACCUGGAUGCAUCGCGGAAAUCUCUCAGUCUAUAUUACUUGGCAGUUUUGGUAACAUUGGUCCUGCUUGUUGCAAAGCUUUUCUUGAAGGAGAAAAGAACUGCCUGCCAAAUCUACCUUUUAAUCCAUUUUUCCCUCCUAUGUUGAAACAAGAAUGUUCCCGAAUUGCUUUCCACAUUACUUCUACCAAUACAUGA